AUGAAUAGAGAUCGGGAUAUCUACUGUACAGUCAUCGAUGACAAAGGCCUACAAUGUGAUUGGAAAACUACAGAUUCCCAAAGGUCUACAUCGACCUCAAAUAUGCAGCGACAUCUUUCAAAGCACUCUAUUUUCCCCCCUCAAAGUUCGAAGCCAAAGAGUCAAGAUAUCCGGAAGGCCUUUAAAAAACAACAGAAUCUAUCAAUUGAGGACUGUCUUGAGCGGAACCUUCUUCGAUGGAUCAUUCAAGAUAAGCAAGCCUUUCUUGUUAUUGAAUCUGAGGCUUUUCAGCAAAUCUUUGAAGAUAUCCCAGGGAUUUCUUUACCAUGGACCUCUCGAUCUACUGAUUUCUACUAUCGCGAAGAGGUUCUCGAAUUCUGUCAAAUCUUUGGACCUCAUACAGGGGAGAAUAUUGCUGCCACGGUCUAUCAAACCUUGGUAGAAUUAGAUCUCACGUCAAAGUUGACUACAAUCACUAGGGAUAAUGCCUCAAAUAUUCAGGAGAUGGUUUCUGAGCUUCAUUUCACUUUGAAAAAGAAAUCUUUACAGCCAAUUCGAUUCCGUGGAGCUGAUAGCUAUAUUCGCUGUCUAGCUCAUAUCCUAAACUUGAUUGUCAAAGAUAUCCUUCGAUCCUUAAAAUCUGGAAGUAUUUCAGAAGCUAAUGAGAUCUGUGAUAAUCUAGAAUCGAAUUCGACCUCUCUAUCUUCCCAAUCAGCAUUAUCUAGACUCCGGAUUCUUGCUAUUUGGAUUUCGCGGAGCCCUCAACGGAGGCAGGAAUGGAAUUCGAUCUGUGAUGCAAUGGAGCUUGAUAAUAAAUUCAUUGAGUGUGAUGUGGAAACACGGUGGAAUUCUACCUUUCGAAUGCUUGAUGAUAGAAUCAAUGCUCAGCGUCAGAUUAAUCGAUUUUGCUCUAUACAAGGUGAAAUUCCUCCCUUUACUAAUGCAGAAUGGGAAUGGCUUGGUCAGGUUCAUAGGGCUCUGAAAACCUUUAAUGACUUGACGAACUUGGUAUCUAUAUCAAGGCCACAAAUCAGUCUAACUGUCCCAAUUUACUAUGCGCUUCAGGAUCUUUUAGAAGAUACAGCCUUAGUGGGAUACAAUGAUGAUAUUGCAAAUGCAAUGAGGGCAGGCAUGAAGAAGUACCAAAAGUACUAUGACUUUAUGGAUAACUCAGAGGCAUAUUAUACAGCCUUAAUCCUUGAUCCCCAGGUCAAAGGUGACCUCAUACUUCAUGAGAUCGAGGAUCAAGAAGCUGCCCAGAUGAUUAUACAAGAGACUCGUCGAAUGCUGCAUCUAAGAUAUCUACCACAGUCGAUUCCCCAGUCGAUUCCACAGUCGAUUCCACAGUCGAUUCCCCAGUCGAUUCCACAGUCAAUGCGAAUGCGGAUGCUUCAUAAGCUCCAGCCUCAGGGAUCUCGAUUAGUUUCUGAUAUUAAUCAGUACUUUGAUAGUCCCCGGCUUACUAUCAUAGGGAAGGAGGAUCCAGACUGGCUAUGCAAUUAG